AUGACUGUAUCUCAAGAAGCCGUCAUUGCCAUAGUUGGCGUCGUUGUUACCAGUCUUGUUCCCAUCGUCGGUCUUAUCAUCAAGCAUAUCCUGGACAGAAGCAGACACAGACCGAAGACGAAUCGAACAUCAGCGAAUCAUAUCUACAAUCAUCCUCUUCUUUCACACCGUCGCUGGUUCGCAAACGACUUCUUGCUUGGCCUUUCGAUGCCCCGUACAAUUCCCCGAGCCCAAAUUAGGUAUCUUGACCGGGAUUCCUAG